AUGGUCUUCCUCAACAAGUACCUGCUGGACAGCCCGUCCCUGAAGCUGGACGCCCCGCUCUUCGUCACUUUCUACCAGUGUUUGGUCACCGUACUCCUGUGUAAGGCCCUCAGCCUGCUCACCCUGGUCAUCCCUUCCCACAUGCUGGAGUUCCCCUCCAUCCGCUUCGACCCCAAAGUCCUGCGCAGCGUGCUGCCCCUCUCCGUCGUCUUCAUCGGGAUGAUCACCUUCAACAACCUGUGCCUCAAGCACCUCGGCGUGGCCUUCUACACGGUGGGCCGCUGCCUCAGUACCGUCUUCAACGUCCUGCUGUCCUACAUCCUGCUGAAACAGACCACCUCCUUCUACGCCCUGCUGUCCUGCGGGGUCAUCCUAGGUGGCUUUUGGCUCGGCAUAGAUCAAGAGGGUGCAGAAGGCACCUUGUCCUGGGCUGGAAUAUUUUAUGGUGUCCUGGCCAGUGUGUGCGUUUCCUUGAACGCCAUUUACACCAAAAAGGUACUUCCUGCUGUUGACGGCAGCAUCUGGCGUCUGACCUUCUACAACAACGUCAAUGCUUGCGCCCUUUUCUUGCCCCUCUUGCUGGUGUUUGGAGAGGUCGGCACCCUCAUUGCGUUUGACAAGCUCAACUCUUUGCACUUUUGGGGUAUGAUGACUCUGGGGGGGAUUUUCGGCUUUGCUAUAGGGUAUGUUACAGGACUACAGAUUAAAUUCACCAGCCCCCUGACUCACAACAUCUCAGGAACGGCAAAGGCUUGCGCUCAGACUGUGCUGGCCGUCUUUUACUACCAGCAGGUGAAGAGUGUGUUGUGGUGGACCAGUAAUCUCAUGGUACUUGGAGGCUCUUUCUCCUACACAUGGGUGAAAGGUAUGGAGAUGAGGAAGACACAAGAUCAGUCUGAGCAGACUAAUAGUACUGAGGAGAAAAACUCCACUGGGGUUUAA